AAGACUUUGCUUUUCCACAAACAACAGAGUAGCGACCCUGGCCUUGGAGAGGAUCCUGUGAGCCGGAGCUGAACAGUCUGGGGCUGAAAGAGAGCAACACACACAGACAGACAGAAAGAAAGAGAAAGAGGAGGGUCUCUAGAAGAGGAGAGCUGGACACACACUGGCAGAAACACUAGAAAAAGUUGGAAGCGGGAGUGAGAGGACGAAAGAGUUGGAGGAGAGAGACUGUGUCCUCUCUGGUCUCCCCCGUUUCUCUGGAGGGAGUGAUGGCGGAUAACAGCACUCAUCCUAUUAUGAAGAUCCUGGAGUCUUUCGGAUUAACGGAUGUGAUUCUGGCCUUCUUUCUUUCUAUGGUUGUUGGUCUUCUGCUUGGAGCUCUGGUCUAUAUGAUAUUGACCUGGAUGUCCCGUCGACGGGCCUCGGCCACCAUCACCCGCAUACCUGUCCACCAGUCCCGUUCCACCACCCGUUCAUCCUCACCUCGAUCUCGGCUGGGUUACAGUCGGCACAGCAGUGGCUACGAUCGGCGCAGUAAUAAUAGUCUGGCCAGCGCCGCCUUUUCAUUCCACCGGCAGACCUCAUCCUCGCCAAUAGACUAUGGAGACUCAACAGGUCGCAAAUCAAGCUUCCGGGCCUCAACAUUUCAUCCUCUUCUCCAGUGUAGCCAGAUUGCUCGCGAGGCAGAGGAAGGUGCCCAGGGCAGCCUGCCAAGGACCCCCACUCUCACUACCAGCCCUGGGGCAGCUGGAUCCACCAGCACCGUCAGUUCUAUGAUCACUCCACCCAGGGCCAGAAACAGACCAGAUUCCUUCUGGGGCAACAGCAAUCUAAGAGGUUUCCAUGCUGGCCAGACUCCACCGCCUGCCUAUGACAGCAUCAUACGAGCCUAUCAGGAGACAACCACGUAAAUUAAAAUAGGGGAGAUUCUGCAGUUUUGGGGCAAGAUUCAUGUAUAGACU